CUCCCAGGCGUCCCCGCAAGGUCGCUGUGCAGACCGGGAGCGCGCCUAAGUGACAAGACCCUGGUGCGAGGGCGCGCCGUGUCUCUCUGCCUGGGUACCAGCGGCGACAUGUCGGGGUACACGCCAGACGAGAAGCUGCGGCUGCAGCAGCUGCGAGAGCUGAGAAGGCGAUGGCUGAAGGACCAGGAGCUGAGCCCCCGGGAGCCGCUGCUUCCCCCGCGGAGGAUGUGGCCUAUGGAGGAAUUCUGGAAUAAGUUUUUGCAGGACAAGGCCCCCUGGAAGAACGUGCUCUAUAAGACAUAUCGACAUGGUAUCUUUGCUUUUACUCAUGUACUUAUACCUGCUUGGAUUAUUCAUUAUUAUGUCAAAUAUCAUGUGACUAGAAAACCAUAUGCCAUUGUUGAAAGGAAGCCCAGAAUAUUCCCAGGUGAUACGAUUCUGGAGACUGGAGAAGUAAUUCCACCAAUGAGAGACUUUCCUGAUCAACAUCAUUGAAGAUUACUUUAAAAUUUCAAAGGUGUAUGAGCCCAAGUUUGUUGCUACGUUACCACAUUUACUGAAUAUAUUUUCUGGAAAAGUAACUUUAAUAAAGUUUACUCUCAGA